AUGAGCAAAGGAAGAGCGAAGGAGCAGGCCCCAAAAGCCUCGGGCUCCAUUGAAGAGAAGCAGCCGAGUGCACCGUCGCCGGAAGUUAGCGGCAUCAUGGAGGCUAUUGCUAACUCCGAAAAGAGGAUUCUGGACCGCAUUGACUCAAAGACAAACGACUUGAACAAUAAGAUUGACACUUUGAGGGAAGAUAUGGUGAAGCAGGAAACCCGUCUGAAAGAUGUCGAGUCCGGCUUGAACGAGUAUUUGGAUCGCACGGUGGAAUUGGAAAGUGAUGUCGGCCAGCUAAAGCUAGAAGUGGCUAGGCUAACUAGCAAGCUGGAUGACCUCGAGGGCCGACAACGCCGCUGCAAUGCCCGCAUAGUGGGAGUGAAAGAGGGGUUUGAGAGCACCGGAAAACCUGCUGAUGUUAUUGCCACAAUGUUGAAAGAUGUUUUGAACCUGGGUUUCACCCCGUUACUAGACCGUGCCCACCGUUUGCGGGGCAUACGGCGCCCGGACGGAGACCCCCCCAGAGUAAUUGUAGUAAAGUUUCACUACUUUCGAGAGAAAGAUGAAGUUUUUCGUAAAGCUGCACUCUCCUCGCCUCUAACACUGCAAGAUAGAAGGAUAAGCAUCUUCCCUGAUUACACUGCUGAUGUGGUGAAGAAAAGGGCUGCUUUUUCGGAGGCGAAACAACUACUACGGGGCUGUGCUGGAGUUCGAUUCGGGAUGCUGUUUCCUGCGGUGCUGCGCAUCACCUCGGCAACGGGACAAGAUAAGAGGUUCACGGAUCCAUCUGCAGCAGUAGACUAUAUUAAGAAGGACCUAGAGUCAUGA